GAAUGUCUCACAGUUGCUAUGCUCACUCACGAAUGAUUUGACUUGUCGCCGCGGCUCAUUAUCGAGAUUUCAUCUUGUCAAUAUUUAACUUGUGACGUGUUGUUGUACAAUAAUUAUUAAGCAACAUAUUUACUGAUACGUAUUAUUUUUCGUGGCAUUUUUUUUGAUCUUUUUUUUUAUUUUCAAAGUUGCGUGCAUUCAAAAUGAGUGAUAAACACAAAAUAAAAAAUGUUUCCGAUCAUAAGCCGAACACAUUUUGGCGUUCCGUUGCUAUCGGUGCUAUUAUUUUAAUAGUAUUUUUGAGUUUUCCACAUCUAUGUUCGGCUCAUUCGCACGAUGACCAUCAUCAUCAUCACCAUCAUGACCAUGACCACCAUCAUCAUGAAGAACCACCAAGCUUUAAGUGGUCACAAGAAGCCAACGCGGCUUAUGAAGAUCAUCAUCAUCAUCACCACCAUGGAGAACACGACCACACACACAAUCACGUACACACCGAAAAAGCAACAAAAUCUCCAGAAAACGAUAUGGUUAGCUUGUGGACACAUGCAAUAGGUUCAACGUUGCUAAUUAGUGCGGCACCAUUUUUCCUCUUGUAUUUCAUCAAUUUGGAUAAUACCGACGCCAUGAAACCUAGACUUAAGGUUUUGCUUGCAUUCGCAUCGGGUGGACUUUUGGGCGAUGCAUUCUUACAUUUGAUUCCCCAUGCUGUACAUCCACACAGCCAUCAUGGUGACGGCGAUCAUUCACACUCACAUUCGCAUGACCAUGGACAUGAAGAGCAUGGUCACGGUCAUUCGCACGAUAUGAGCAUUGGUCUUUGGGUUUUGGGCGGCAUCAUUACAUUUUUAACAGUUGAAAAAGGUGUGCGAUUAAUCAAAGGUGGUCACGGUCAUAGUCAUGGUGACGAAGCAAAAAAACCACAAGAAAACAAAAAAUCACAGCCAAAAAAGAAGAAUGAAAAAAGUGGCGAUGAAUCCGAUUCUAAGGGCAAGAAGUCAGAGGAAGAAGAUUCAAUCUCAGUGUCUGGCUAUUUGAAUUUGGCCGCUGAUUUUACGCAUAAUUUCACAGAUGGUUUGGCAAUUGGUGCAUCGUAUUUGGCUGGCAAUCGAAUUGGUUUGAUGACAACAAUCACAAUUUUAUUACAUGAAGUUCCACAUGAAAUCGGUGAUUUUGCCAUUUUAAUCAAAUCGGGAUGUUCAAAGCGUAAAGCAAUGGCAUUACAAUUGGUGACUGCUGUUGGUGCACUAUCGGGCACAUUAAUUGCAUUGUUGGGAACGAAUGGUGAAGCAGCUCCAUGGGUUCUACCAUUCACCGCUGGUGGUUUUAUUUAUAUUGCCACUGUUAGCGUUUUGCCCGAAUUACUCGAAGAAUCAACAAAAUUGCUACAGUCGCUGAAAGAGAUUGCGGCAUUACUUGCCGGUGUCGCUCUAAUGAUUUUAAUUACAUAUUAUGAAUAGACAUAGAUAGAUUUUUUUUAUGAUGUUAACAUACGAAUAUUAAAUAAACACAAACUAAAACGUAAAUGA